UCUUCUCUUCUCAAUCUUCAUCAGUUUCAGUCACCAGGCAAAUGAGGUAUUACCAUCUGAAGAAGAGAAGAUGAUGGUGCCAUUGAUGGAGGAGAAGUUUAUGGUCUUUGCUUGCCUUCUCCUUGUUGCUAUGCUAUUAACUGCAACAUCCCUAAUAGACCCUUUGGUUACUGUUCUUUCACUCCCAAAACUUGCAAUUGCUUUGGUUGCCAUAUCUGAGAUCUUCUACUUCAUUGGCAAUCUAAAUCUUGCUUGAUUCAUCUACAAGUGUGAAAGGGAGGAAAACAAAAAGAAGAAUAUCUGUUCUUGGUUUGGUUCUUAUUUUUAAUUUUUGUCUAUAAUUUAUUUUUCAGUUUUCAUUAAAUUUCAUUACCUACU